AUGGACUUCCACCUGCAAUCCCUGGGAUCUCUCCUGGUCACCAUUAUGUUCCUCCGAUCCAUGAUCUUAGAAUUCGUUCCUCAGAGGCUCCUCUCUUCCGUAAAGAAAGCUGUGAAGGAGCGUCUCCUACCUCACCAGGACUGCUGCAUCGUGAUCGAGGAGUUGGACUACCGCGGCUACUCCGAGACCUUCGAACUCGCCCUGAAGUACCUCAGCAUCCGGUUCUCCGACUCGGCCUCCGCCGUUAGGGUGGCUGACGACGGCGCCAGCUCCAAAGGGUAUUCCUUCGCCAUCGACAUUGACCAGACCCUGGUAGACGAAGCCAACGGCGUAGCGAUCCUGUGGAGCUUCCGCGUAAAGGACUCUCCCUCACUCGGCCGCGGCGGCAGCAACAGAGUGAGGUUUCUCGAGCUGUCCUUUGGAAAGGAGCACAACGCCUACGUGAGGCACCAUUAUUUCCCAGAGAUGCUGGCCGUUGCACGUCAAGAGGAGGCUUGUACUCGGGCGAGGAAGCUCUUCACCAACAGCAGCUCCGGCGACCGGGGUUCCCUCUGGUCGUCCGUCGUCUUCGACCACCCCUCAACGUUUGACACCCUCGCGAUGGACCACGAAGUGAAGAUGAGCAUCAUCAACGACCUGAAGAAGUUCACCACCAAGGAAGACUACUACAAGAGAGUGGGCAGGACGUGGAAACGAGGGUACCUCAUCUACGGUCCACCCGGAACGGGGAAGACAAGCCUCGUUGCCGCCAUGGCCAACUUCCUAGAGUUUGACCUCUACGACUUGGACCUGUCGGCGGUGACCAGCAACUCGCAGCUCAGGAGGCUCCUCCUCGAGACCCGGCGCCGGUCUCUGAUCGUUAUCGAGGACAUAGACCGGUGUAUCCACGCUGUGGAGAGGUGCACCAGGAGAUUGGCGGAGCAUGGAAGCAACAACGGUAGCCUCCGCGUUGGUGACGUCGAAUCUGACGACGACGAUAGGAGCGGGACAGGUGAGCUGAGCCUCUCUGGAAUUCUCAACUUCAUGGAUGGGUUGUGGUCUUCAUGUGGGCAGGAGAGGUUGAUGGUGGUGACGACCAACCACAAGGACAGACUCGACCGGGCGCUGCUGAGACCGGGGAGGCUGGAUGUCCACAUCCACCUCUCUUACUGUCGUGUCCAUGCACUUAGAACCCUAGCCAAUAACUACCUAUUCCCCGGAGAAGAAAAAGGGAUCGAAGGUCACAGUGCAUACGGGGGCGCGGAGUGGAGGGAGAUAGAAGAGUUGAUCGUCAAGGUCAACGUUACACCGGCCACCGUGGCGGAGACUUUUCUCGGGAGCGGUAGCCCGGCGGCGGCGUAUGCCCAGCUGGCCGAAAUGCUGCGUCGCGAGUUCUCCGGAAAGAGCAAGAAAAGGGAGGAGGAGCCAGCCUCACAGUAA